AAAAUAAACUGGGUUUUGGAUUCAGAUAUACUGUCCAAGACGCAGAUGACAAAUGUCUUUUGCAGAGCCGAUCAAUCAUGUUAUUGUUCAGAUAAGCGAGUUAUGACAUGAAAACUGAUUGGUAGAUCAGCAAGAAAUGCUAAUUAUUGUCAGAUUCCAAACCGGCUGGUACAAUUGGUAUGAAGUCUAAAAACAUGUAUGGUAGGUUAAUUGAAGACCCGAAAUUGCCCACAGGUGUGAAUGUGAGUGUGAAUGGUUGUAUGUUUAUAUGUGCCCUGCGAGUGGCUGGUGACCAGUUCAGGGUUUACCCCACCUUCUAAGCGAAGAUAACUGGGAUAGUCUCUGGCAGCCCCGCGGCCUUUGUGAGGAUAAGCUGCGCAGAAAUUGGAUGGAUGGAUUCUACGUGCUUUAGUGCACAAAGUGUUGUGAAAAUGUGUGCAAGAAGGACUGGAGAGUACAAGGAAGAAGUUCGUGGACCAAAAAAGGAGGAGGAGCCACAACGUCAACUACUGGACGCUGUGUUCAAUCUGCAGCCUCAAAUUGUCCUACGCAAAGCAGAAAUCAGUGAAAAUCUUCAUCCAGAGCGGCAGCAGUCAGUGACCUGUCACAUCAAAGAAGAAAAGGAGGGUGAAGAGGUUCAGCGCAUCAAAGAGGAGGAGGAAGACUUCCUACACAUGAAAGAGGAAGAGGAGGAAGAAAUGAUCCACCUUCCAUACACUGGUGUUCAUUUGAAGAAUGAAGAUGAAGGUCAAAGUGAGGACAGACGAGGGGCGGAGCCUCCAUCCAGGAACAGCUCAAAUGAUAGAGAUCUUUGUGAAAGAUCAAAAACAGACAGUCAUGAUGAUGAUGAUGAUGAUGCUGAUGAACAAUCGGAAAGUGACAUGACAUGUCAUACUUCCAACAAAUGCUGGAAAUGGUCUCAGUGUCGGAAAACCUUUGCUUCUAUGAGGAAUUUCAAACAACACACGAAAAGACACACAUGUGAGAAGCCUUUUACAUGCUCAAUUUGUGGUAAAAGAUUCUCACAGAAGGGAACCUUAAAAAAACACACAAGAAAACACACUGGUGUGAAACCUUUUUCCUGCUUAGUUUGUGGUCAAAGAUUCACUCGGAAGGGAGAUUUCAAUAGACACGAAAGAACACACACUGGUGAGAAACCUUUUUCAUGUUCACUUUGUGAUAAAAGAUAUUCUCUGAAGAAACAUUUAAAAAUACAUACAAGAACACACACUGGUGAGAAACCUUUUGCCUGCUCAACUUGUGGUAAAAGGUUCUCUGAAAACGGAACUUUAAAAAGACACACAAGAACACACACUGGUGAGAAGCCUUUUUCCUGCUCAGUUUGUGGUCAAAGGUUUUCUCAGAAGGAAAAUUUAAAAACACACACAAGAACGCACACUGGUGAGAAACCUUUUUCCUGCGCAGUUUGUGGUCAACUAUUCUCUCAGAAGGGAAACAUAGAACUACACACAAGAACACACACUGGGGAGAAACCUUUUUCCUGCGCAGUUUGUGGUAAGAGAUUCUCCCAGAAGGGAAACUUAAAAUCACACACCAGAACCCAUACUGGAGAGAAACUUUUUUCCUGCAUAGUUUGUGGUAAAAAAUUCACUCAGAAGGGAAACUUAGAACUACACACAAGAAUGCACACUGAUAAGUAAACUAUUUCCUUCUCUAUUAGCGGUAAAAGAUUCAGUUCUCAGUAUCAGACUCAGACACACAAGUAUGCCGGGAGAAAAAAGGCACGAUCAAGAAGCUUUUAAUGUAAAUGUGUAAAAUGAAACUAAUUACUGUGAUUCUUGUGUUCUGUGUAGCAACUUUUUUUUUUUUUUUACCCAUAACAAUGGUCUCUUUUUGAUCCUAUCUGAUCUGCAAAAGUUAAAAUAUUGGGCUCAUAAUUCAAAAUAUACAUCCAUCCAUUAAUUUUCUGAGCCACUUAUCCUCACAAGGGUAACGAGAGUGCUGUAGCCUAUCACAGAUCUUUGGGCAGAAGGCAGGGUACAUACUGGACUGGUUGCCAGCAAAUCGCAGGGCACAGAGACCGACAAGUCACAUGGACAAUCACACCUUGUGGCAAUUUGGAGUUUUAAAUUAAUGUAUGUUUUUUAAAUGUGGGGGAAACCCACAUAGGCACUGGGAGAACAUGGAAAAUCCACACAAGUAGGAACAGGAUUUUAACCAUGGUCCUUGUAACUGUAAGGCCAAUGCUCUACAGCUGUUCCACCGUACAGCCCCUGCCCCACAUUUUUCAAAUAGAUUUCCCCUCAAAAAUGCCACUUGUGUUUUUUACUUAUGAUCUAUUUUUUUGGCAGGUGUGACUUAAACUCCGAAGUGACUUAUAGUCUGGAAAAUACAGUAAUCAAAAAUAUUGGGUUACUCAUUAUAAUUUCAGAGUAUUAAGAUGCCUUGAGUAGAAAUGUAUGCAUAUAUUUUGGUGAUAAUUUUUCAGUUUUGGGACAUGAAGCCAUGUUUCUUGAAUUAAUGCCUGUGGCUCGUAUGGAUGUGAUACUUCCCCACCAUUUUUUUGUUGUCAUUUUAAUGCUCCAUAGCCACCGGAUGCAAAAGAUAGGUUCGUAUUGCGUUCUAUCGUUUGCUCUCAUGACACGUUUGACACAUUCAUCAGCACUGUCAACUUGGCAAGGGGUGGGGCUUCCUCUUUGCGAGGCACCAAGAUUCCUUCUCGGACUAGUUCAGCUGUCCCUGUCAUGAGCAAGACUUGGCCACUGCCAAGAGGGGCCUGUCCUUGCCACUGCUCACAGCUGUUUCACAUUAGGACUGUAAUUAGACAGGCAUUUAAGAUGGAAAUUUUGUGACUUGCAUUUGCCAGUUCUUUGCUUUGUGUUAGUGAGUUGCAUUCGCUGCCUUUACGACUCUCCGCUCUACGCAUAAGUUAGAGUAACCCUAGUCACAACGAUUCUGUGUCCUUUUGUUUGUUCCUGUCCUGAGUUGUUAGUUUUCCUCAUAGUCUUCGGACCUUUCUGCAUGUCUUUUGGAUCCUGCCAAGCCUAGCAUUUCUUUACCUUUGCCUUGUCGGACUGCUACACCGUGUAUGACCCAGUUUCCAAUAUAAAUUACAUUGAAUGUUUUACCUCUGCGUUGAAGUCCUGCAUGUGGGUCCGCCCCCGUACCAGUGGUUCAUGACAGUUCCGACCUCGAGCAUUCUGGCAAAGGAGACAAGUUUGGGAAUGCCCGCAUCAUUCGCGUCAUUCACGCUGCCCUGCACGGAUUCUCAUCUAUCUGCGCGAACUGCAUUGACUUCCUAUGCCAUCAUGCUCCAUGAGAUCUGCAACAUGGGCACUUAGGAUAAUGAUAACGUCCAUCUUCAUCCCAAUCCAUAACUUUGCCGACUCCUGCCUGCCCGAUUCCCGACCGUGGAACAAUAAACGUUUUUCCCGAAUUACCUCUACAUCUCCCAUGUACUCCUGCAUUUGGGCCCUACCUCUCUUCCGAUG